AUGGGUCAGGCUGUAGAGGCCAGCACAGCAGAUGUCUCUGGUUCACCUGCAGCAUCUGCAGCACCUUCAGUUCUGCCGAAGCCGAGUCAUGCUCUGCGUCAUUGUCAUUUACUGAACCAACAACAACGUCUACAACAACAACAACAACAGCAGCAGCAGCAGCAUUACUCUUCGAAGUUACAGGCGCCAAGUUUGAUGCAGCAAGUCGGAGAUGUUGAGCUAGGCUCUAGCCUCGGUUCUGGAUUGCAGGCUCCUGCGUCGACAGACAACGAAUGUGAUGAUUCCUCUUCGCCUUUAUUGGCGUUACUCAGAUUGCGGUCGGGAAAUCCGUUUCUCGGUGAGUUGCUGUCAUUCUCUACUUCACAACCACACUGA